CAUCAACCGUGAUUGGGCGAAAGUCGUGUGGAAGCGCGGCGUUGCUUGCAAGUUUUACCGGUCUCUUUGUGUAAAGAAAUCUCGUACAGGGGCCCAAUUUCACCGUCAACGGGUAGCGAUGAGUUCAAUCGGAACGGGCUACGAUCUCUCGGCGUCGCAAUUCUCGCCGGACGGGCGCGUGUUCCAGGUGGAGUACGCUCAGAAGGCGGUCGAGAACAGCGGCACGGCCGUAGCCCUACGAGGCAGCGACGGAGUCGUCUUUGCCGUCGAGAAGCUUGUCACGUCGAAGCUGUACGAGGCCGGAGCCAACAAGCGCAUUUUCACCGUCGACAAGCACGUCGGAGUGGCGGUUGCGGGGCUCCUCGCUGACGCCAAGCAGGUGGUGGAGACAGCACGUGUGGAAGCAUCCAACUACCGCUCCGAGUACGGGUCAGCCAUCCCACUGAGCUACUUGAAGGACCGUGUUGGGUUGUACAUGCAUGCGUACACGCUGUACAGUGCUGUGCGACCCUUCGGCUGUGGUGUGCUCCUUGGCAGCUACGACGUAGACGGGCCACAGCUCUACUGCAUCGACCCGUCGGGAACAUCGUGGGGCUACUUUGGCUGCGCCAUCGGCAAGGCACGCCAAGCUGCCAAGACCGAGAUGGAGAAGCUGAAUUCAAAGGACCUGGACUGCAGGCAGCUCAUCAAGGAAGCGGCCAGGAUCAUCUACGUUGUCCAUGACGAGGUCAAGGACAAGAACUUUGAGCUGGAGCUCAGCUGGGUUUGCAAGGAGUCUGGUGGGCAGCACCAGUUUGUGCCCGACAGUGUCUACACCGAAGCGGAAACGCAUGCCAAGACCGCACUUGAAGAAGAAUCGGACACAGAUGAGGAUAUGUGAUAAGCUGCUCACCAGGGA